AUGUCUCAUCUUUUGGCGGUUAAGAAAAUAUUUCGAUACCUCAAAGGUACAAAGAGUCUCGGAAUCUGGUAUCCAGCAAAUGAGAGUUUCCUCCUUCAAUCUUACUCUGAUUCAGUCUAUGGUGGUCUUCAAUUGGAUAGAAAAAGCACCUCUGGUGGCUGUCAAUUUUUGGGUGAAAGAUUGGUUAGUUGGUCAUCUAAGAAACAAAAUUGCAUUGCUCUUUCAACAACUAAAGUAGCAUACAUUGUUGCUGCUAGUUGCACUUCUCAAGUUCUUUGGAUGGAAUCACAACUUUUGGACUAUGGUUAUUGA